AUGUCUCUGUGUUACGAUGGCUUCAGUGCAUACAUAUCUGUACUCCCCCCCCCCACAUAGCUGCUGGAGUGGAUCCGUUGCACCAUCCCCUGGCUGGAGAACCGUGUGGCGGAGCAGACCAUGCGCGCCAUGCAGCAGAAGCUGGAGGACUUCCGUGACUACCGUCGCGUCCACAAGCCCCCCAAGGUCCAGGAGAAGUGUCAGCUGGAGAUCAACUUUAACACCCUGCAGACCAAGCUGAGGCUGAGCAACAGGCCCGCCUUCAUGCCUUCUGAGGGAAAGAUGGUCUCGGUACGUCCCCCACAGUCACCCCCACACCACUUUCAUUGAUUCUGACUUUCACUCUCAUUACCAUCAUCUGGUCAAGUCUGUUAUGUUCUCUGUUCACUGAGCCCCUGGUUUCUCUUGGACCUCUGUCUCCUCUCAUGACAUUGCCAAUGCCUGGAAGGGUUUGGAGCAGGUAGAGAAGGGUUAUGAGGAGUGGCUGCUCACUGAGAUCAGAUGCCUGGAGAGACUAGACCACCUGGCGGAGAAGUUCAAACAGAAGUGUUCCCUGCAUGAGUUCUGGACCUCAGGUGUGGGAAGUGGGGAUGGAGACUCUCAAUUAUCUAAAAUCAAGUGGAGGGUUUGUGUUAAGAAGGUUGUAAAAACCCUGCUCUAAACUUUGUGUAAUAGUCAGUGUGUGUCUCUGUGGCCUUCAGGUAAGGUGGAGCUGCUCUCCAUGAAGGACUAUGAGUCUGCCUCUCUGAUGGAGAUCAGGGCUCUGAUGAGGAAACACGAGGCGUUUGAGUCUGACCUGGCAGCACACCAGGACAGAGUGGAGCAGAUCGCUGCCAUCGCCCAGGUGCUCAAGUAAGGAGAAAUGGAGAGAGAGCGAAAGAAAGAGAGAGACAGAGAAAGAAAGUAACUAGACGGAGAGUGACAGAGACUGAAAGACUGAUCUAAUGAUAAAGAUAGAUAAAAUGAAAGCGAGAGUGAGAAAUAGAAGAGAAUCACCCUUUUUUCUUUUGGUCUAAAAUUACUCUGAGGGAAUGCUAUCUCCAAUCUCAUAUUCUUCAUGUCCUAGUGAGCUGGACUAUCAUGAUGCUGUCACCAUCAACACCCGCUGCCAGGUCAUAUGUGACCAGUGGGACAAUCUGGGCACUCUGACCCAGAAGAGGAGAGACUCACUGGAGGUACCCUGGAGACAGACAGACAUGACCCUAUUUCAAACCUCCACAUAACACUGUGACUUCCUGACCUCUACAUAACUUACCCUACUUACAGAAAUAGGCUUCAGAUGUUAUGUCCUUUUAUUCAGCUUCCAUACAAGUCCAUAGUUUCCAGUUGAUAACACUAAAUGUAUGUUUUUUCAGCGUGUGGAGAAGCUGUGGGAGACCAUUGACCAGCUGUACCUGGAGUUUGCCAAGAGAGCAGCCCCCUUCAACAACUGGAUGGAUGGAGCCACGGAGGACUUACAGGACAUGUUCAUUGUUCACAGCAUUGAGGAGAUCCAGGUAGGAGGCAGAGAGAGGAAAGGGACAUGAUAGGAGGGGGGAGGGUAGCUAGGGGGGAGUGUAGCUAGGGAAGGGGGUAGCUAGUGGGGAGGGUAGCUAGGGGGGAGGGUAGCUAGGGGGGAGGAUAGCUAGUGGGGAGGGUAGCUAGGGGGGAGUGUAGCUAGGGAGAGGGUAGCUAGGGGGGAGGGUAGCUAGUUUGUGAUAUCCUCAUUACAUUCAUUUAUUAUUCCUUCCUCCACUUUCUCCACUUCAUAAUUCUCUGUGCUCCUCCUCUUUAUUCACUGCUGCUUCUUUUCCUGGCUGAUCCUAUUCUUCCUUUCUCCUCCUCCUCCUCCUCCUCCUCCUCCCUCCUCCUCCUCCUCCUCAGAGUCUGAUUACAGCCCACGACCAGUUCAAGGCCACCCUACCGGAGGCUGAUAAGGAGCGCAUGGCCACCAUGGGCAUCCAGAGUGAGAUUGUGAAGAUCGCUCAGACCUACGGCAUCAAGCUGUCAGGAAUUAACCUCUACACCGUCCUCUCCCCCCAGAACAUCACCAACAAGUGGGAUGCUGUGAGUACAUGUUCAUCUCUUUGAUAUUGUCUACUCAGGGAGUGAGAUGACCCCUCUCGUUCUAAGGCUGAGCAUUGAACAACUCAAUGGAACAAUGCUUUGGUUAUCAUUCAGUCUUUAACACUAAUCCAUCAGGAUACAUCAAGCUCCAGGUCCAGUCAUCAACUUUGUACCUCCUUUGUUAAACUUUGUAGAGUUUUGAUCAGCUUUGCCCGUCCUUUAUCUGUGGUGUGCAGGUGAAACACCUGGUGCCCCUCAGGGACCAGAUGCUGCAGGAGGAGGUGGCCAGGCAGCAGUCCAACGAGAGGCUGAGGCGCCAGUUUGCUGCCCAGGCCAACAUCAUUGGACCCUGUAUUCAGACCAGGAUGGAGGUACAGUAACGCCCGACAACUCCCACUCAAACUCACUCUUCAUUAGAUUAUCCCAGAGCUGUUUAUAACUGUUCAAGCAUAUCCUCUCAAGACAAAGUAAAUUAAUCCUGGUAUUAACACAACUUUUAUGUGAUGUGUAUACAUGUUUUUAUUGAUUCUAUGGAACCCAGGCUCCCUGGAAAAAAGUGGCAAUUCUUAAUGAGUGGAUUAUCCUGGCUAAAUAAAUACAAUUAAAUGAAUGAAUGGUGGUCCUCUGUAGCUUUGAUGGUUGAGCAUGGCAUUUGCAACACCAGGAUAGUGGGUUUGAUUCCGGGGACGUAAAAUGACUAUUGCUUUGGAUAAAAGUGUCUGCUAAAUAGCAUAUAUUACAUUAUAUUAUUGAUGAACUGUCAUUGUACUCUGUAUAUGUCCCACUAACACAACACCUCUCUCCUCCUGUAGGAGAUCAGCCAUGUGUCUGUGGACAUCGCCGGCUCCCUGGAGGAACAGAUGAGAAACCUGAAGCAGUACGAGCAGAACAUCAUCAACUACAAGUGUAACAUCUACAAGCUGGAGGGAGAUCACCAGCUUAGCCAGGAAGGACUCAUCUUCGACAAGCACACCAACUAUACCAUGGAGGUACUGCCACAGGCUUCCUCUCUCUCUGUCUCUCUCUCUCUCUCUCUCUCUCUCUUCUCUCUCGCUCUGCUGGUUCUCUCUCCUCUCCUCUCUCUCGCUCUGUCUCUCUCUCUCGAUCUCGCGCUUCUACUCUCUCUCUCUCUCUCUCUCUUGCGCUCUCUCUCUGCUCUCUCUCUCUCCUCUCUCACGCCUCUUUCUUCUCCCUGUAUCUCUCUCUGUCUUUCUCUAUCUCUCUCUCUCUCUCUCUCUCUGUCUUUCGCUCUCUCUGUGGCUUUCUCUCUCUGUCUGUCUGUACGGUCUUCCGAUUCUAAUCCUGUAUUCUCCUCUCUCCUCCUCUCAGCAUGUGCGUGUGGGCUGGGAGCAGCUCCUGACCACCAUCGCCCGCACCAUCAACGAGGUGGAGAACCAGAUCCUGACCCGCGACGCCAAGGGAAUCAGCCAGGAGCAGCUCAACAAGUUCAGAGCCUCCUUCAACCACUUUUACAGGGUAAUACGGACCUUGAGCUUGCCUGUCAAAGUCAUAUUUAAUAUCUUUCCGUCCUUGUGGCUUAGUGAUCUUUGUUUUUCCUUUGUAGAAGAGAAAUGGCAUGAUGGAUCCAGAUGACCUCCGUGCCUGUCUCAUCUCCAUGGGCUAUGAUCUGGUGAGGGGGACUGCUUCAGGACCCAGUCAUUUGGGGCAAUGGACAUGCGUUGGUUUCUGUAUGUGAGUAAUUAUUUGUUGUACUCAAAUAACCCUGUCUUCCUUUUGCUCUCACUCUCUCUCUGUGUGGCCCUCAGGGUGAGGUAGAGUUUGCCCGCAUCAUGAUGCUGGUGGAUUCCAACAACAGGUGUGGUCACCUUCCAGGCCUUCAUCGACUUCAUGACCCGCGAGACAGAUACCGCCGACCAGGUCAUGGCCUCCUUCAAGAUCCUGGCCUCCGACAAGGUGAGUUGGGCAGAACCAUUAAAUCAAAUCAAAUCAAAUCAAAUGUUAUUGGUCACAUGUGCCGAAUACAACAGGUGCAGACAUUACAGUGAAAUGCUCACUUACAGCCCUUAACCAACAGUGCAUUUAUUUUUUACAAAAAAAGUAAAAAUAAAACAACAACAACAAAAAGUGUUGAGAAAAAAAAGAGCAGAAGUAAAAUAAAAUAACAGUAGGGAGGCUAUAUAUAUACAUGGGGGUACCGUUGCAGAGUCAAUGUGCGGGGGCACCGGCUAGUUGAGGUAGUUGAGGUAAUAUGUACAUGUGGGUAGAGUUAAAGUGACUAUGCAUAAAUAAUUAACAGAGUAGCAGCAGCGUAAAAAGGAUGGGGUGGGGGGGCAGUGCAAAUAGUCCGGGUAGCCAUGAUUAGCUGUUCAGGAGUCUUAUGGCUUGGGGGUAGAAGCUGUUGAGAAGUCUUUUGGACCUAGACUUGGCACUCCGGUACCGCUUGCCGUGCGGUAGCAGAGAGAACAGUCUAUGACUAGGGUGGCUGGAGUCUUUGACAAUUUUGAGGGCCUUCCUCUGACACCGCCUGGUAUAGAGGUCCUGGAUGGCAGGAAGCUUGGCCCCAGUGAUGUACUGGGCCGUACGCACUACCCUCUGUAGUGCCUUGUGGUCGGAGGCCAAGCAGUUGCCAUACCAGGCGGUGAUGCAACCAGUCAGGAUGCUCUCGAUGGUGCAGCUGUAGAAUUUUUUGAGGAUCUGAGGACCCAUGCCAAAUCUUUUCAGUCUCCUGAGGGGGAAUAGGCUUUGUCGUGCCCUCUUCACGACUGUCUUGGUGUGUUUGGACCACAUGAAGUAACAGUUCAUUUCAACCAUUGAUUUAGGUUGUUUUGUAAUGUCCGUGUUGUGACCCCUGAUGACCUUUGUUGACCUGUGUCCUCCCCUCCCAGAGAUACAUCACAGUGGAAGAACUGCGCAGGGAGCUGCCCCCAGAGCAGGCAGACUACUGCGUCAGCCGCAUGACCAGGUACUUUGGCAGCGACGCGCCCCCAGGCGCCCUGGACUACAUCUCCUUCUCCAGUGCCCUGUACGGAGAGAGCAACUUAUAA